AUGUGCAAAUGCACACGAGACAUGCAAGUGACGUCAGACGUCAUACAAGGACAUUCUAGAAAAAUUGGAUCCUGACGAAAUUUAGCGGACCCAGGCCAGGCCCAGGUUUAAAAUGGCGUCAGCAGAUGAGCAAAAGGAAAAGCAGUCUGAACCAUUGGCAAAGCAGCAACAAGCACCAUUGCCUCAACCUCAGAAACAAAGGUAUGACUGGUACCAAACAGAUGGGCUUGUUACUAUUAAUAUACUCAUCAAAAAGGCCAAGGAAGAAGACGUUAAUAUUGUUCUGACCAAGACUACAUUGAGUUCAACAAUCAAGUUGUCCGAUGGGAGUGAUUACAGAUUGAAAUUAGACCUGGCUCACCCAAUCAUUCCAGAGAAAAGCACAACAAGGAUACUAAGUAGCAAAAUAGAGAUUAAAUUGAAGAAAGAAGAAGCCAUCAGAUGGAACAAACUAGAAGGUGAAGAUGAUAUCCCUCAAGCAGUCAAGCCUGCAGCGGAAACAAAGGCCGAAGACAGCAUCCACAAAUACCCAACAUCCAGCCACGUGACGAGGAACUGGGACCAGAUUGCAAAGGAAUUUGAGAAGGAGGAAGAGGAGAACGCGAAAGGAGAGGAGGCCCUCAAUAGUCUCUUCCAAAAGAUCUACUCCAGUGGAGACGAAGAGACGAAGAAAGCCAUGAACAAGUCAUUUGUGGAGUCGGCGGGCACGGUUUUGAGCACUAACUGGAAAGAUAUCGGCUCCAAGAAGACGGAGAUAAAACCCCCUGACGGCAUGGAGCACAAGAAAUGGGAUUCAUGAUCAUCUCAAGAGUCAAUUUAAUCUUCAAACAUUUGUUGAACUUUGAAAAGAACUGAUUUGUGGUGCAACUUGGAAAUGCUUUUUCUCAUGGAACGCGGUAUUUCGUACUUCUUCAAGCUCAAUUUGUGAUGUGAGUGUGAUUAACGCUGGAAUUAAUGCUGGAACCAGUACAUGUAUGUGGUGGUUCUGCCGACAAAAGAGUGUGGCAGAAUGUUUUGCUUGAAUUUACAUACAGUUAUUAAACUGGCUUGAAAAUAAAAACAUGGUUUAUGCAGAUUUCAUGAAUAUAUUGAGAAAGAGUGCUAUAUUGAAUACAUGCUUUUGUCAUGAGGUGGCUAAAUUUGUAACUAUCCUCGUAUCAUCAUAGUACGGACUCAUUGGCCCAUAUUAUCAAAAGAGGUUGCGAUUGUACCAUAUUACAAAACCACAGAGUAUUAAAGCAGAUUUGUGUACAUCGUUACGCUCAUUUCAUUGCGUACCCUAAGAAAAGUCAAAUGAUUAAUGUGCACUUUCGGCAAAGCGUGCUGAAUAGAAGCAUGAUAGCGUGUGAAAACUGCAUAAACUUUGGUUUUGUACCAUGGACGAAUGAAACUUCUUUAUAUGAGCAUAUAUAUA